CCUUUCAGAUCUUUAAAAGCUGCUGCUCUGUGCGUUUCUCAGGAUCGUGUCCUCUGGCACUCUGGCUGAACGAAGCACCGAGCAAGGAGAAAAGAGAAGCAGAUCUCCAGAAAUAGCAUCGGCCAAGGAAGGAGCACGCACGAACGGGCGAAGGAGCACGGAGUCCCACAGCGCAAAGAUGCCUUUGCUCUUGAACUUGACAGCCGCUGUCCUGUUGCUCAUCACUCACUGUGGAUCCUGGAGUCUGGCCAGUCGCUUGGGUCCCCAUAAGAUCUGCCCAUCCUGCAAAGACUCCCGAGCUUCUCGGGACCCUGCUGGGGCAGCCAACACAGCUGUGCUGGCUUUAGGGGAGCCAUGCGGGGUUUACACGCUGAGCUGUGCCAAGGGCCUGCGCUGCAUGCCUCCUCCACGCGACCACAGCCCGCUCCAGGCUCUGCUGCAGGGCCGAGGCGUAUGCACCAAGCAGAUCAGGACGAGUCCCACCGAAAAACCCCACACUGCAGGUCCACAUCCUUCCCACAGCGGCGAAAUCGAAAAGGCUCCGUGCCGGAAGCUGCUCAACGCCGUGCUGCGUGGCCUUGAGCUCACUGUUUUCCAGUCUGAUCGUGAUAUCUACAUCCCCAACUGUGACACUCGUGGCUUCUACAGGAAAAAGCAGUGUCGGUCUUCUAAAGGCAUGCAACGCGGCCACUGUUGGUGCGUGGAUGAAUUAGGCAUCACCAUACCAUCCGACGCUGGCGAAGACGGCGCUUUACCGUGUGACGGAGAGUGAGACGGGGCACGCGGUGCCACAAUUCUGAGCCAGGAGGAAGAAGAGGAAGAGGAGGGGAGGGGCGUAAGGGAGACGGGAGGACAAGCCGCUCGUGCUAGACACUACCUGGCCAGGAGACACCAGGGGAAAACCACUCAACAUGGGAAACACAUGCUCUUCGCUCAAACACUCCAUCCAACGCACCAACUGAAGGUUCACGUCACUGCCAUACCCCUCUGCAGGUCCUGCAGUGUGUAAGCACAGAGCCAACGAGACACUCCAUCACUCCACCUCUGGUAGAACACCUCGAAACAAGACUCUACACCCUGGCCACUUAGUAGCGUCCAUUUUUCUGUGAUAGCCAUCACUGCCUGUGUCUUGUGUAUCUCUGAGUAGGCCGUAAAUACUGUUAAAGCGGGCGUGGGCGCCAUUUUUCUCUCCGCCUCCCCUGCCAUCCCCUCUCCCUCUCUCCAAAGAUACACUGACUAAAUUAAUAAGUACGAAAGCAAAUUAUGCCUUUACAUUUAAUUUAUUCCGGAGUAUUAUUGUAUUCCCUUGGAGACGUUCAUGUAUUUCAUGUAACCAAGACAUCAACAUUGCUGUACAUGCACAUGAUUUGGGAAAACAUUUAGUCCUUUCUGUUUUGACAGUCCGAACGUUACUAUACACAUCGUUUGUACAUAAAUCCACUUUUUUUUUUUUGGUGGCUGCCAUUGGGUGAUAGGUUCUUGAAAGCUGACGGCUAUUACUCUAUCUGAAAAGGCAUAUUUUUAUAUACUUCAAUACAAUAUUUUAUAUAUAGAUUGAUGCUUUAUUUAAGGAACUACAAUACCAUGUAUUUUUAUAUUGUCAACAUUGUUUUUUUUUUCAUUGUCAAGUUUAAUUUCAUGAUGAACGUGAACACCAGGCUUUGAUGGCACAUUUUAGGAAUAAAAAAAAAAAAACCCACACCUUGCAGAAAUAUUGUACUACGAUACAUGUUUGAGCAAUUAUUCUCUCAUUUCCUGAUCUGUAAUAUUUACGUUGAUCAUUCAGAAUUGGUAUAUAUUACAAUUGUCAUUCAAAAACAAAAAACAAACAAAAAAAAAAACCACAUGGAUAUCUAUUUUCUCUCUCCAAAAUGCAUAGAGGAAAAAAAUGUUGAAAAUGCACAAAUCUUCAUACUUCUCUUGUUGUAUUGGUGUGUGUGCCAGUGCCAGUGAUCGCAGAAGGCUCUGCAAAGCCGUAAAAGUACAAGAACUUUCAGAAAAUAAAGAACAAACAGCUAUAUUACUAUGAUAA